AUGAUCAAAUACAACCUCUUACUUUGCCUUUGUCUGAUCAUUGGAUCGGCACCAAUAGCUGAUGGUGCCCCUUUUGAUUACCAAGCACCAGCCACUGGUUCGGCGAAAUGUGCACUGAUUAACAUUAUUAUGGACGAAUCCGCUUCUAUGGAUGGUGACCAAUUAUUCAUGAAAACGACAGCGUUGCCGAGAAUGGCACAUACUCUUUAUUCAUCUGCCUAUGGGUACAACAAUGUUUUCCUAUGCAGUAGUGGAUUUGGUCAUGGCAGCAACAAAGAUGAUGCUGCAUUGAAUACAGCCCGUUGGCGCAGUCAUGGUUGCACAACCUACAACGGGCACGGUGUAGCUCACAACACUGCAGUCACAGAUUGGGAAUCUUCGGGACAGGUAGAAGAUGGCUGGUAUUCCAUGCAAAUGGGGAUGGAAGACGUCCCAGAUGUUAUUGAAGGCAUUGACUUAUUGAGCCACUGCGGCAGGAUUGAUAAGAACAUGAUAUUGGUUACUGAUGAAGAUCGUGAUGAUCGAGACAGCACUCAAACUGCAUCAGGUUUGAAGAACUUAAUCAAAUCCAAUGGAUACGUGCUGAAUGUAAUUGCGGACGUUGAGAUUGAUAAUGACCUCGAUAACAUCGGCAUGAAGAUUCAAAACGGUGGUUACAACAAUACUAUAUACACAGCAGACUCUUCGGCCCCCUUAAAGUAUGUUACUACUGUCGAUACUAGGUCCUAUAAGAUCUUUGCCGAUGGAUUCAAGGACACCAACACACACUACUCCGACCUUGUGGUGGAUACGUGGGGCGCCGUCUUCAACAUUGAGUCCAUGCGUACUCAAGGCGAAGUAUUCGCUGAUGUCUUUGUCACCAUCAAAGUUGAAGAGAUCUCCGAAGGAAGUGGUGGAAGUUCCGGUGGUUGCGGGUCACGAUGUGAAAGCAACAGCGAAGUGGGGGGUGAUCCCCACUUUACCACCUGGACGAAUGAGCACUAUGAGUACCAUGGGCAAUGUGAUCUUGUCAUGUUGAGCGACCCAAAGUUUGCUGAUAAUCUUGGACUCGACAUUCACAUCCGCACCAAGAUUGUCCGUUUCUGGUCUUACAUCAAGUCUGUUGUCAUACGCAUUGGCAAUGACCUUCUCGAGAUCGAAGGCACCCUGGAUGACAACGAUGCCGAGGCUCAUUACUGGAUCAAUUAUGAAUAUCAAGGAGAUCUCGACGACUUUGCUGGAUUCACAGUCACCCAAGCCCUUCCAGCAAACUACAAGCGCCAAUACAAGAUUGAUUUGAGUCCCAAGUACCAGGAUGCAUACAUCGUUGUUCAGCUGUACAAGGAAUUCGUCCGUGUUCAAUUCCAUGGAGGCGAAGAAGUCUUUGGAAACACUGUUGGUCUUUUAGGAGAUUACAACACAGGAAAGACCCUUGCUCGCGACGGAUCCACAGUCAUGAAUGACUUUGUCGAGCUCGGAGACGAGUGGCAAGUGCUUCCAUCGGAACCCAAGCUUUUCCACGAGAUUACUCACCCUCAAUUCCCAGAAAAGUGCAUCCAGCCGGAAGACCCUCGUGGAGAACGCAGACGUCGUUUGGACGAGUCUACAGUUUCCAUUGAGCAAGCUGAAGCAGCCUGUGCCACAUUGAAGGACCCCCUUACCAUCAAGGACUGCGUGUAUGACAUCUUGGCCACUCAAGAUUUGGACAUGGUUGGUGCCUUUUAG